AGGAAGGGGAAGAUGAGGAGGAAGAGGAGAUGGAUGUGGAUACUGGCAAGAAGCUGCCCAAGCGCUAUGCCAAUCAGGCUUGGUGCUCAGGGAGGAACCGUGCCUCGGUCUCACCCCUGCGACAUGCUGUGUUCAAAGGGAGGACAGGUGGAGCUGAUGCUCUCUGAAUGGCUGGUCGAUGUCCCCUUGGAUCUGGAGCAGGAGUGGGUUGUAGUGGUGUGUCCCAUAGGGAAAAGGGCGCUGGUUGUGGCCUCCAGGGGCAUGACAGCAGCUUACACCAAGAGUGGCUUCUGUGUCAACAGGUUCCCAUCCCUGCUGCCAGGGGGGAACCGGCACAAUUCAACGAGCGAGAAAGUGUACUGCAUCUUGGACUGCAUCUACAACGAGGCAAAGCAGACAUACUAUAUCCUCGAUGUGAUGUGCUGGAGAGGACACCCUGUUUAUGACUGCCAGACUGACUUCAGAUUCUUCUGGCUCUCCUCAAAGAUCCAGGAGGAGGAAGGGCUGGGAGAGAAAAGCAGGAUUAAUCCAUUCAAAUUUGUGGGCCUGGAGAACUUCCCCUGCUCCUCGGACAGCCUGUGUAAGGUGCUGGCUAUGGACUUCCCAUUUGAGGCGACCAAGCAGUUCCUGGAGGAGAUCAACAAGUGGACGGGCCAGUAUAAUGUGUCCCCGCUUUCCUGGAACGUGGCUGUCAAGUUCCUCAUGGCUCGCAAGUUUGAUGUCCUGCGGGCCAUCGAGCUCUUUCACUCCUACCGGGAGACACGGCUGAAGGAGGGCAUCGUGAAGCUGAAGCCACACGAGGAGCCGCUGCGCUCGGAGCUGCUCAGCGGCAAGUUCACCAUUCUGAGUGUGCGGGACCCCUCGGGAGCCUCCAUUGCCCUCUUCACGGCCAAGCUGCACCACCCCAGCAAGAGCGUGCAGCACGUGGUGCUCCAGGCGCUCUUCUACCUGCUGGACCGAGCAGUGGAGAGCUUUGAAACCCAGAGGAACAGGCUGGUGUUCAUCUACGACAUGGCGGGCUCGCAGUACACCAACUUCGAGCUGGACCUCAGCAAGAAGAUCCUCAACCUGCUGAAGGGUGCCUUCCCAGCUCGGCUCAAGAAAGUUUUCAUCGUGGGAGCGCCCAUGUGGUUUCGCGUGCCCUACUCCAUCAUCAGCCUGCUGCUGAAGGAGAAGCUGCGGGAGCGGGUGCAGAUGGUGAAGAUGUCGGAGCUGAAGGAGCAUCUGCCUCGGGAGUGCCUCCCAGAGUACCUCGGGGGGUCCCUCAAACUGGACCCUCUGAGCUGGAACUGCCGGUUCCUGCCCCAGCAGAAUGGACACCCUGACCCCCUGGACGAGCUCAUCCUGGUGCCACUGGUGGCCCCCAAAGAUAACGGCUCCGUCCACGUCCCUGGGCCCAAGUCCCUCACCCUCCAGGAGCUGCUGGAUCACGUCAGCCACAAGCAGAAGAGGGGCAUCUACGAAGAGUACGAAGAUAUUCGGCGCAGGAGCCCGGCUGGCACCUUUGUCUGCUCUUUGGCACCCUACAACCAGGAGAAGAACCGGUACGGGGAUGUGCCCUGCCUGGACCAAACCCGUGUCAAGCUGGCGAAGCCGUACAGCCGCCCGGAGCUGACCGACUACAUCAAUGCGAGCUUCAUGGAUGGCUACAAGCAGAGGAAUGCAUACAUCGGGACUCAGGGGCCUCUGGAAAACACCUACGGUGACUUCUGGCGCAUGGUGUGGGAGCAAAACGUCCUGGUGAUCGUGAUGACAACCCGGUGA